GUUUCAUGUGUAUUUAACAAUAACAACGGUGGCUAAUUCAGGACCUGUGAAUAUUAGCGUGAGCGAAUGACAGCGCCGUGCUCCUGUUACCGCACCGACACAUCGGGAAAAUCAUCUGGGGGAGGAUGAAGCGGCGCAAUGCGGACUGCAGCAAACUCAGACGGCCGUUAAAACGGAACCGAAUCACAGAGGGUAUAUAUAGCAGUACUUUCCUGUAUCUGAAGUUCCUGGUUGUGUGGGUGUUAGUUCUGCUGGCUGACUUUGUGUUGGAGUUCAGGUUUGAGUAUCUGUGGCCUUUCUGGCUUUUCCUUCGCAGCGUCUACGAUUCCUACAGAUAUCAGGGACUGGCGUUCUCGUUCUUCUUUGUGUUUGUGGCACUCACGUCAGACAUCAUCUGCCUCCUCUUCAUCCCUGUCCAGUGGCUUUUCUUCGCUGCCAGCACCUACGUGUGGGUCCAGUAUGUGUGGCACACAGAGAGAGGAGUGUGUCUCCCCACUGUGUCGCUGUGGAUCCUGUUUGUGUACAUCGAAGCUGCCAUUCGCUUCAAAGACCUGAAGAACUUUCAUGUUGACUUGUGUCGACCUUUUGCUGCUCACUGUAUUGGCUACCCAGUGGUGACUCUUGGCUUUGGCUUCAAGAGCUACGUGAGCUACAAGAUGCGGCUAAGGAAACAGAAAGAUGUGCAAAAGGAGAACGAGUUCUACAUGGAGCUGCUACAACAGGCUCUACCUCCAGAGCAACAGAUGCUGCAGAAACAAGAAAGGGAGACAGAAGAGGCUUCAGCUAAAGGGAUUUCUGAAACAGAACCCUCCAAUGGGUCUCAAAACGGGGGACCCCCAAGUAAGAAAAAUACCCCAGUCCCGUUACCAGAACUGGAGUAUCGGGAAAAAGGGAAGGACAGUGCGGCAAAAGAGCGUGAAAGCAAAAAACAAAACACAGUUGGAAUCAAUAACAACAACAUUAUACACUCACUGGACUCCAAACUACAGGAGACAGAAUAUAUCGAGAACUGCAUCAGGGCAAAGAAACUGAGCAACGACGUGGCGGGAGAGAAUGCGCACGGCGACGCCAACGCCCUUGCCGCUUCCAAAGAAGAAGUGGCAGGAAGCGGGAAGAACUACAAAAAUGCCUCCGGGGGUGGUGUCUGCAACUCAUCGCCGCGGAAUCACAGUUUCAGUAACGGCAGCAUUCCGACGGGUUCAUCGUCCAGUAAGAAUGACAAAAAGCAGAAGGGCGCCGGGAAAAGUCCGAAGGACCCACUGGAAAACUGCAUCCCCAACAACCAGUUGGGGAAGAUGGAUGCUUUAGUACGGAUGGAGCAGGACGUAAAACGCCUCAAGGCAGACCUGCAGGCCAACAGGCAGGUGGAGUCGGAUUUGCGGAGUCAGCUGUCCUCUCUGAGCAGUCAAGACCGCAGCCUCCGCUCUGAACUGGGCCAGCUCCAGCAGGACAACGAGCUGCUCCAGAACAAGCUUCACAGUUCCAUGCAGGCCAAGCAGAAGGAUAAGCAGACCAUCUCCCAGUUGGAGAAGAGGUUAAAAGCUGAGCAGGAAGCUCGGGCCCUGGCUGAAAAACAGCUGGCUGACGAGAGGAAGAGGAAGAAGAUGGAGGAGGCCACGGCUGCCAGAGCCGUGGCCUUGGCCGCAGCCACCAGAGUGGAGUCAACUGAUUCUCUGCGUGGUCGUAUCAGAGAGCUGGAGACAGAGUGCCAGAAGCUCAGCGUGGACAUGAAAGUUAAAGAAGAGCAAAUUAGAGAUUUGGAGGGCAAAUGCCAGGAAUUGCGGAAGUACAAAGAGAACGAGAAGGACACAGAGGUGCUAAUGUCUGCGCUGUCAGCCAUGCAGGAGAAGACGCAGCACCUGGAGAACAGCCUGAGUGCCGAGACCAGGAUCAAGCUGGAUCUGUUCUCUGCACUGGGGGACGCCAAGAGGCAGCUGGAGAUAGCGCAAGGUCAGAUCCACCAGAGGGAGCAAGAGAUUGCAGAGCUCAAGCAGAAGAUAGCGGAGGUGAUGGCAGUGAUGCCCAGCCUCUCGUACUCGGCAGACAGCAGCAACCUGAGCCCCGUGACCCCGCACUACUCCUCCAAGUUCAUGGACAAUAGUCCCUCAUCACUGGACCCCAACGCCUCAGUCUACCAGCCCCUCAAAAAAUGACUGGACUGAAUUGUCUUUUCUUUUUCUUUUUUUUAGGAAAAGCUGUUUCAGUUAAGGGUUCAUUCUGAGUUUACAAGCAUCUGACAGAUUUUGCACUGAGGGACACAACUCCAUACAUAUCUGCAUUUGAAGCGAGGUUUUUUUUUUUUUUGGAGAGGGGUUGUGUUGUUCAACCAUUUCAGCAGUUUCAUUUAACUAAAUGAGGGGAAAGAGGAAUAGUUUGUUGGCUAAAUGAAGAAAGAACCAUUGUGGGUUGCUUUGCAUCAGUGUUUUCCUGAAGGGGCUUCCCCCCCCCCCCCCCCUUACGAGUCAACAUGCGUGCUUUAACUUAAAGGCACUUAAAGACAUCAAUUUGAGAGAUACAUGAAUGUAAAACUAUUCAUGCUUUGCCAUCACUUAACAUUAAGCGGUGAUUGUUUCGUUUUACCCCUUUAAAAAUAUAUAUAAAAGUAUCAUUUACUUGCUCGGUUGAUUGAUAAUCUAAAUGCUGUAGUUGUGACCACUCCAAGAUUAAUCAAGGCACUGCCAAAACAUGAUAUCACCUUGUUUGCUGCAAAUACAUUUUCUCCAUGUAGACUAAAUUACAAGCUGUUAGGCCAUAUCCUUCAAUGAAUUUGACGAUGUCCGGUUGUUGUUGUUUUAAUUUUGCAGAUUUUACAGUGCCUUUCAAUUCUGCAAUUUCUCGAUAAGCUGCAGCUGGGUGCGUUUGGCUAUUUUUUCAUAUCUAAAGGCAAAUAACGAUUUAAGUGUCACCAGCUCAAAGAAGAACUUGUUUUGCAAUUUACAGACUUAAAUAUGACAGCCUGAGUUUUGUGUAAAGGGAAACAGUCCAUUUUUGUAGUGACAGUCUUGGUGUGCCAAACAUAAACCAAACUGAUUGUCUCCUCAUGCCAAAAAGAUGGCAUCAAUUUGUUUACAGCAAUUAACUUUCGGAGGAAUGUUCCUUUGUUUAUUUAAGUGCCAAGUGUUACUGUGUUAUCCAUUCUUACUUCAAGUGAUGUAACUAGCAUAACAUUUUUUUAAAAAGGUGCAGUUUUAUUAUUUUCACUAGAACGUAUGUAGGUAGUUUAUGAGGCUGAUGGUGAUGAAGCAGCAGGUUGUCACUGUUAUUCAUGUAUUUAUUUGUGGAUUUAAUUAUGAGGCCGUAUUUUUGUAUUUCUCAUCACGUUCCGUUGACUUUGCUCUACUUUCCAACCAGGCGGGAUUCUGUGAAUGUGAACCAUUUUGAUCAUGUUUGUGCUUUCAUGAGACCUACCUGGAUCGGUCUGACUUUGUAAAUGCAGUUGACAGAAAAAGAAAAAGACCAAGAGAGGUCAAAGUGA